GAAAUUCUGUAUCACCCUUCACAUACAGACCAUUAGAACCGAUACCCUCAUAUACUAUGAACGAACAAACACCUGAUAUAGAAUGAUACCUCAUACUGCACAUUCACCACACGAGGUGACUCUAUAUUUACACAGCCAUUCCUUAGCUCUAUAUAAUGAAAGCGGCCAUGCUCCAUGCCUCCCCUCACAAGCCGUCACGGCUUCAGUUUAUUAUAGCCGCUCCCGCCUCCUUACAAGCCACGCCUCCUUUCUGGACCAACAACAGGCCCCGCCUCUAGCCGGAUGAUUGACACCUGGCUUUGUGGAGCGGACAGUCCGGUAGGAUAGAUAGCAGUGCGGGCUGAGGUUAUGGAUCUGAACGUGGUCUCUGCGGUGUGGGAGCGGUAACGACGCGUUUCUCCGCAGUCUAGUUUUGUUACGUGAAUACUUCUAUCAAUGGACACAAACAAUGAAAGUGCGAAGGACCGACUACCCAGGGUCGAUUCUUAUGGAUUUGAAAGAUCAGAAGAAUUUGAUUAUGCUUUUUAUGAAGAUUUUUAUUCUCGAUACAUGACAAUUCUUACAAGAAGAGCUAUAAAAUGGUCUAAAAUAAUGCAAAACUCCACGGCAGUGGAGAAGAGCCUGAAAGUGAAGAGAUAUAUUAGGAAGGGCGUUCCUAAUGAACAUCGCUCAUCUGUGUGGAUGAUUGUGAGUGGAGCACAGGCCCAGAUGGAGUUGAAUCCAGGAUAUUAUCACAGUGUAUUAUUGGAAGGACAGAAAAAUACAAAGCUUGUGGAUACAGUUAUCACAGACCUUAACAGAACCUUUCCCGAUAAUGUGAAAUUCCGUAAAAAUGCAAGUCCGUGUUUACAGCCGACUUUAUACAAUGUUUUAGUGGCGUAUGGUCAACAUAAUAAAAGUGUGGGCUAUUGCCAGGGUAUGAAUUUUAUCACUGGAAUACUCAUUCUUGUUACUAAAGAUGAGGAGAAAUCCUUCUGGCUACUAGAUGCUCUCAUUGGACGCAUUUUGCCUGACUAUUACAGCCCAGCAAUGAUGGGACUUAAAACUGACCAGGAGGUGCUUGGGGAUUUGGUGAAGAUGAAGAUCCCAGCUGUAGCAGAAUUAAUAGACAGGCAUGAAGUCAUGUGGACACUUUUGGUUUCCCGGUGGUUUAUUUGUUUGUUCAUUGAUAUUCUUCCGAUAGAGACUGUUCUACGCAUCUGGGACUGUUUAUUCUACGAAGGAUCAAAAGUCCUUUUUCGUGUGGCCUUAACACUAAUAAAGCAUUACCAAGCUUAUAUUUUGGAAGCAAAAAAUUUCCCAGAUGUAUGUGACAAGUUUAAAGACAUAACAAAAGGGACGCUUGUUACAGAAUGUCACCUUUUCAUGCAGAAAAUCUUCACAGAACCUGGAAGUUUGUCAAGAAAAACAAUAUCUAAGUUAAGAGAGCAACGUCGCACACAGUUACUUACUCAGGAAUAAUAGACAACUGACCGUAACCACUGACACAUUCCUUUAAUGUAAUAAUUGCACUGAAACACCCUUUCAUGUCUAGCGCAGCAUCUUAUGACAAAGUGUGUUGUAUUCUAAACUGAUGUCAAUUUAAUAGGUUUUUGGUGGAAAUUAUCUAUCAGAUGUUAGCAUAGCAUCUAAAGCUUAAUAUUGACAUUUUUGUAUACGGUUGGAUAACUCUCAUUUUAUAAAAAGUGAUGACAGGAAGUGAAGCCAUAUUGGUUGUCUGUUUUCCCAUAAAGCAAUGACAAAUAUCUAUUGUUCUGUUUUAUUAUGUGUUAUUAUACUAAAUACUGCAACAGAUAUGUCAGUUUCUUUGUAAGUAAAGUAAGCUGAAUUACCAAACUUUGAAUGUUCCCCAAAUUUCCAAUCUGCUCAUUUAUGGACAAUUUUUACAUUUACAAGUGGAUUAUUAUUAUUGGAUGCUGACUGUUAAAACAGGCAAUUAGUUUGCCUUUAUAUGCCUUUUGUACUAUAAUUGGUAGAUCUGACCAAUCAACUUAUUUUUUUUAUUUUUUCCUUCAAAUUCUUAUACAAAUAAUACAGACCCAAAGUAAAUACAUACACUACUGGUUAAAUCACCUGUAUUUGUAAUAAAAUAUUUAUUAAUAAA